AUGGCCCCCGCUAUUGGUAUCGAUUUGGGUACCACCUACUCAUGCGUUGGUAUCUUCCGCGAUGAUCGCAUUGAGAUUAUUGCCAACGACCAGGGCAACCGUACCACUCCCUCAUUCGUCGCUUUCACCGACACUGAGCGUCUCAUUGGCGAUGCCGCGAAGAACCAGGUCGCUAUGAACCCCCACAACACCGUCUUUGAUGCGAAGCGCCUGAUUGGCCGCAAGUUCAACGAUGCUGAGGUUCAGGCCGACAUGAAGCACUUCCCCUUCAAGGUCAUCAACAAGAGUGACAAGCCUGUCGUCCAGGUUGAGUUCAAGGGCGAGGAGAAGACCUUCACUCCUGAAGAGAUCUCGUCUAUGGUCUUGACCAAGAUGAGGGAGACUGCUGAGUCCUACCUUGGUGGCACCGUCAACAACGCCGUGGUCACCGUCCCUGCCUACUUCAACGACUCUCAGCGUCAGGCUACCAAGGAUGCCGGUCUCAUUGCUGGCCUCAACGUUCUCCGUAUCAUCAACGAGCCCACUGCUGCUGCCAUCGCCUACGGUCUCGACAAGAAGACCGAGGGCGAGCGCAACGUUCUCAUCUUCGAUCUUGGUGGUGGUACCUUCGAUGUGUCGCUCCUGACCAUUGAGGAGGGUAUCUUCGAGGUCAAGUCGACCGCUGGUGACACCCACUUGGGUGGUGAGGACUUCGACAACCGUCUCGUCAACCACUUUGUCAACGAAUUCAAGCGCAAGCACAAGAAGGAUCUGUCUUCGAACGCCCGCGCGCUCCGCCGUCUCCGCACUGCUUGCGAGCGUGCCAAGCGUACCCUCUCGUCUUCGGCUCAGACCUCUAUUGAGAUCGACUCUCUCUUCGAGGGUAUUGACUUCUACACCUCCAUUACCCGCGCUCGUUUCGAGGAGCUGUGCCAGGACCUCUUCCGCUCCACCAUGGAGCCCGUGGAGCGUGUCCUCCGCGACGCCAAGAUCGAUAAGUCCUCCGUCCACGAGAUCGUCCUGGUCGGUGGCUCUACCCGUAUUCCCCGCAUCCAGAAGAUGGUCUCGGACUUCUUCAACGGCAAGGAGCCCAACAAGUCCAUCAACCCUGAUGAGGCUGUCGCCUACGGCGCUGCUGUCCAGGCUGCCAUCCUUUCUGGUGACACCUCAUCCAAGUCCACCAACGAGAUCUUGUUGCUCGAUGUGGCGCCGCUGUCCAUCGGUAUUGAGACCGCUGGUGGUGUCAUGACUUCGCUCAUCAAGCGCAACACCACAAUCCCCACCAAGAAGUCCGAGACUUUCUCGACCUUCUCUGACAACCAGCCUGGUGUCUUGAUUCAGGUCUACGAAGGUGAGCGUGCUCGUACCAAGGACAACAACAUGCUUGGCAAGUUCGAGCUCUCCGGCAUUCCUCCUGCUCCUCGUGGUGUUCCUCAGAUUGAGGUCACCUUCGAUGUCGACGCCAACGGCAUCAUCAACGUCUCCGCUCUCGAGAAGGGCACCGGCAAGACCAACAAGAUUGUCAUCACCAACGACAAGGGUCGUCUGUCCAAGGAAGAGAUCGAGCGCAUGUUGUCCGAGGCUGAGAAGUACAAGGCUGAGGAUGAGGCUGAGGCGUCCCGUAUCGGUGCCAAGAAUGGCCUUGAGUCUUACGCCUACUCGCUCAAGAACACCAUCUCCGAUUCCAAGGUCGAGGAGAAGCUUGACGCUUCCGACAAGUCUACUCUCGAGUCCAAAAUCUCCGAGGUUAUCAGCUGGCUCGACGAGAACCAGACCGCUACCAAGGAGGAGUACGAGAGCCAGCAGAAGGAACUCGAAGGUGUCGCCAACCCCAUCAUGAUGAAGUUCUACGGUGGUGCUGGCGGCGCUGGCGGUAUGCCAGGUGGCAUGCCAGGCGGUAUGCCCGGUGGUGCUCCUGGCGGUGCUCCGGGUGCUGGUGGCGCUGGUCAAGACGGCCCCAGCGUGGAAGGUGAGCAACCAUCCCCUAUCAUUGAAGAUUUUGACUAA